AUGACACCCCCUGCUGCAGACAUGUGUGGCACAGUUCCUAUCAGCAGCAGGAUCGUUGGAGGGCAAGACGCCUCCACAGGGAGCUGGCCCUGGCAGGUCAGCCUUGAGGAAGCUGAUGAACACGUGUGUGGAGGCUCCCUCAUCAACAAGGAGUGGGUGCUGUCUGCUGCACACUGCUUCAGCAGUGACAGCACAAGUGGGUGGACUAUCCGUCUGGGUCGACAGUCUUUAUACGGUGCUAACCCAAAUGAAGUGUCUAGAACCGUGGCUGAGAUCAUUCUACAUCCUAAUUAUGAUGAUUACACAAGUGAUAAUGACAUGGCUCUCCUCCGACUGAGCAGUGCUGUUACCUUCACCGACUACAUCAGACCUGUUUGUCUGGUGGCCAGUGGCAGCAUUCUCCAUCGGGGAACAGAAAGCUGGAUUACUGGAUGGGGAGCCAUCGAAGAAGAAGAGCCUCUUCCAUACCCAGGGGUUCUGCAGGAAGUGGACGUUCCUGUGAUUGACAACGAAGUGUGCGCUGAGCUCUUGCCAUUUACAGCAAUCACAGAAAACAUGAUGUGUGCUGGCUUUCCAGAAGGAGGAAAAGACUCCUGUCAGGGUGACUCAGGUGGUCCAAUGGUGAUGAAAGAUGACUCUGUGUGGGUCCAGUCUGGGGUGGUUAGUUUUGGGCUUGGCUGUGCUCGACCUGACCUACCUGGAGUCUACGCCAGGGUGUCCCGUUAUGAGGACUGGAUCAAAUCCCACAUCAGCAGUGACCCACCAGGCUUUGUGCAGGUCCUCACUCCCACCCCACUGCCUCUUGCUUCCUCCACAACCAGUUGGACCAAAGUCACAUGCUCAUUCUGCCUCUACAUCCUUUUCUCUUUUCUCCUCCUUUCUCUCCUCUGA